AUGGUUUCCACACCAGCUGUCGUCUCAAAUUUGCCAUGGGUGGAGAAAUAUCGGCCGAGCAAACUCGAUGAGCUCGUCGCACACGAACAAGUUGUGAAAACUCUGACAAAAUUCAUCGAAAAUCGGACUCUGCCGCAUCUUUUGUUCUAUGGACCGCCGGGAACCGGAAAAACGACGACGGUGUUGGCGGCGGCGCGUAAAAUGUACUCGCCAGCGAGGAUGUCGUCGAUGGUGUUGGAAUUGAACGCUUCUGAUGAGCGUGGUAUUGAUGUUGUCAGGAAUACAAUCGUCAAUUUCGCACAAACCAAGGGACUCCAAUCGUAUGCGACCGCGUCGAGCAGCGAUCAAGUGCCAUUUAAAAUGGUGAUUCUUGAUGAGGCUGAUGCGAUGACAAAGGAUGCGCAGAAUGCGUUGAGAAGAGUUAUCGAAAAGUACACGGACAACGUGCGUUUCUGCAUCAUCUGCAACUACUUGGCCUCCAUCAUCCCCGCCAUUCAAUCCCGUUGUACUCGCUUCCGUUUCGCGCCGCUCGAUCAGAAACUCAUCGUUCCUCGUCUCGAUUUCAUCGUCAAUUCUGAAAAUAUCAAGAUGACGUCAGACGGGCGGCAAGCACUUCUUACUGUAUCGAACGGUGACAUGCGUACAGUAAUCAACACGUUGCAAUCGACGGCGAUGAGUUUCGAUACAGUAUCCGAGAGUACGGUAUAUCAAUGCAUCGGACAGCCGACACCGAAAGAAAUGAAGCAAGUUGUGAGCAUUCUGUUGAACGAUUCCGCCAAAACGUGCAUGAAUUUGAUCAAAACGAAACUGUUCGAUAAUGGAUACGCACUGCAAGAUGUGAUCACUCAUCUUCACGAUUGGGCGUUCACUUUGGAUAUUCCUGAUGAAGCGAUGUCUGCAAUUGUCACAGGAUUGGGAGAGGUUGAGCAGAAUCUGGCGAGUGGAUGCUCCAAUGAGACACAACUCGCUGCUGUCGUCGCCGCGUUUUUUGAGGCGAAAGGAUUGUGUACGAAGGAGAUGAAUCAGACUGGAGUGGAGGCGAUGGAGCAUUAA